GCACUUCCGCUGUUCAUCACAGCGACACUCGAUUUUGUCUUUCGAACACUCGAUUUUGUCUUUCUGAACAACGCCAAGGCAACCAGACAAAAUGUCGAAACUCGGUAUCAACGACAAGAUCAAGCUAAACAGCGGAUAUGAGAUCCCCCAACUGGGUUUUGGAGUCUACCAAACUCCCGCCGAUCAAGUAGACAAAAUCGUCCAAGAAGCCUUCAAAGUCGGCUACCGUCAUGUCGACUCCGCCUCUGCCUACCGCAACGAAGCUGGUUGCGGCGCUGCCAUCCUCCGCUCCACCAUUCCCCGCUCCGAAAUCUUCUUCACCUCCAAAGUCGGCCCCAAACACAUUUCGUACAACGCCGCGAAACGUAUCAUCUCCGAAUCCCUUGCCAAAACGGGCCUAGGGUAUAUAGACCUCAUGCUUCUGCAUGCUCCCUACGGCGGGUCUGUACACAGAAAGGGUGCCUGGCUAGCGCUCGUCGAAGCUGUUGAAGAAGGGAAGAUCCGCUCUAUUGGUGUUUCCAACUACGGUGUUCACCACCUCGACGAACUGGAGCAGCAUAUCAAGGAGCUGGAACAGGAACGGGGCGGGUCUGGCAAGGGCGGAGUGUUGAGUGUAGGGCAGUGGGAGGUUCAUCCUUGGUGUCCUCGCCAAGAUAUUGUCGAGUGGUGUCGCAAACGCAACGUUGUCGUCGAAGCGUAUGCGCCCAUCGUAAGGGGGGAGAGGUUCGGUGAGCCCAGGCUGAAGAGCCUGGCUGAGAAGUAUGGAAAGACCGAGGCGCAAGUGCUUGUGAGAUGGAGUCUCCAGAAGGGGUACGUGCCGCUGCCGAAGAGUGUGAAGGCGGAGAGGAUCAAGGAGAACGCGGAUGUAUAUGACUUUGAUCUUAGCGAGGAGGAGGUGAAGGCGCUGGAGACGGAUGAGUACAGUCCGGUGUGUUGGGACCCGACGACGAGUGAGCUGGACAACUAUAGUGGACAAGAAGUUUAAGGGGACAUGGAUGGAGAAUGGCGUGCAGGCAGGAUGGAAAUGAUUAAGGCACCUUUUUUUGGUUUGGCUGAGCAAGUUAGUCCCUGCGCCUGCACUUUACUCCGUUCCCGUGUUUUCCAACUGCUCGCCAACCUAUAUUUCAGUUGGUACCUUUAGGUAUAUUAUCAUCUGUACAUUGAUUGACAUGGUGCAACUGAUUUUUCGCCUGUCGGCUUUGACCACAACAGUUAUCUACCAACCGAAUAUAA